AACGCCGUGGCAACACGAUAUGUACACAGAUCCAGGGAUGGGGUACGGAGUACAAGCUGGUCGGGCGUCUUCGAUUGAGACCGGAACGAAGCUCUAUAUCUCCAAUCUAGAUUACAGUGUCUCAAACGAGGAUAUCAAGAGAUCACUUAUAGCGGAAAGUCAUUGCUUGCAAAUAUGGUACAGAUAACAAUGGUUGGUCCACCAAGCAGAAUAGAGACCCUUACGGGUGCAGCAUGUGGAGAUCCAUUAGGAAAGGUUGGCAUAUUUGGUUUGCUUCAACUCACUUCCAGGCGGGUAGAGGCAACUCCAUUAGCUUCUGGAAUGACGUGUGGACAGGAGAUUCAACAAUCAGGACCAAUUAUGCUAAUCUUUACAGUCUAGCUUCCUUAAAGGAGGCCUCUAUUAGUCAGCUAUACCAAGCCACUGAUGGGGGCAUUUCCUGGAACAUUAACUUCAUUCGUAAUGCUCAAGACUGGGAAGUAGAGGAAUUCACAAAUUUCUGGAAGUUUGUUUACAGUGCUAAGAUUAGUCCCUCAGCAGAAGAUAAAAUCUGCUGGAAUUUUGCAAGCAACAAACUGUUCUCUGUGAGUUCCUUUUAUAAUGAGCUUCUUAAAGACAAGAUUCAUUUAGGUAACUCGGGAUUUCCUUGGCGGUGGGUUUGGAAGUCAAAGGCUCCUCCUAAAGUUACCUUCUUCUGUUGGGAUGUUGUUUGGGGCAGAAUUUUAACAAUGGACAAUUUACACAGGAGGGGCAUUUCUCUGGUAAAUAGAUGCUGUUUAUGCAAGGAUGCCAUGGGAUCUAUAAAUCAUCUUCUUUUGCAUUGCUCCUGGUCCACAAAGGAGUUGUUUAAUGAAGUUGGUGACCUUAAACGGCAUUCAAUCCAUUAUGACAGGAGCGGGAGAUCGAAGGGAACGGCAGAAGUUGUCUUCUCCCGUCGAGCAGAUGCCUUGGCUGCUGUCAAGAGAUACAAUAAUGUUCAGCUUGAUGGGAAACCAAUGAAAAUCGAGAUUGUCGGAACAAACAUAGCAACCCCUGCACCUCCUGCUGGCAAUGGAACUUUUGGAAACUCAAAUGGAGUUCCCAGAGGGGGGCAAGGUAGGGGUGGUGCAAUGAGUAGACUUCGUCGUGGUGGUGGUGGUGGCCGCAAAUCUGGAAGGGGCCGUGGAAGAGGACGUGGCCGUGGUGAAAAAGUUUCUUCAGAAGAUCUCGAUGCUGAUUUGGAGAAGUAUCAUUCAGAAGCAAUGGAGACGAGUUAAAAGUAUUUUCCAUCUCUUGUAAUUCUCUAGGUUGGCUUUUGAUUAUCCUUCUGUGGCCUUGAUGCGAUCGUGCAAGAAUUGGACUCUUUUCUGUAUUUGUACCAAAGUCUUACUAGUUAGGAUAAUGUUAUGUGGUACUCAUAGAAAGAGCUGUUAGGAUAUUGGUUUAUGGAGUUUGUGCUUUUAUUAAUGCUUGUUCAUUUGCUUUGGGUACCAAUUAUGGGGGAUUUAGACAGCUGUCAGCAUGUAAUCUGUGCUUGUAAUUUACUUUUUGCUAGCUUCUUAAGUGGUAGUGUCUUAUUCGCAAGUCGGGUAGAGCAUUGGAACUAUUGUCUUUAUUCAUGUACAAAAGAGGCUGUUGGAGGCAAACUGUGAAAGGACUGAGCGUUGUAAAAUCGCCAGAGCUCCAAACUUUGGGUUGCUUCUGCUUCGUUAAUCGAUGGAUGUCUUCAAUUGA